GUGAGUCCUUGGCUCUGCCGGCUUUGUUUUUGUUUUGGAUGUUUAUUAGUUUGAAGCGGUGAAUAUAGAUGGCGCCACCUCGUGAAGAAGAAGCAGUCAAAAUAAAAUGGAAGAACCUCCGGGACUGUUUCAAUAGAGAAAUCAAGAAGAACCCGUCGUCUCUGACAAACUACACUGGCAACUGGGCAUUUUUCCAGGAAAUGUUCUUCACUAUAACACUUAAAAAACUCAAAUCGGAAGCCGACAUUGAAGUGGAGUACUUGGAAAUCCACGAUGAGGAACUGACGACAGAAUUGGAACUGGAAGACGAAAAACCAGACGACUAUUAUGAUAUGCUCUUUUUGGAAUCCUUAGCUCCGUAUUUCAAAGAAUUAGAUCCAGUAAGGAAGCUGGAGAUGAGGAGCAAGAUCCAAGAAAUGCUGGAGAGAGAGAUAUCCAUUCAAAAUAACGAGAACGGCAGUCAGGAGGAAAAUUUCGACGACAUUUAUAUCGAUGAAAAUGCAGACAUGACCUACGUUACAUGAUGACGACAUUAUUUUUAGGGCAUACAAAAGGAAUCUUUAAAAAGUUUUAGUGAUAAAGUGACAC